AUGUCAUCAGGAGGUAUGUUGUAUGGUGGAGAUGAAAUAGGAGCGCUGGUAUUUGAUUUAGGACAUCAUUCACUGCGUGUUGGAUAUGCUCAAGAAGAUACUCCGAAAGCCGAAAUACCAGCGGUGGUUGGUAUUGGGGAGGAAAAUUGUAAUAAUACAGUAGGUACAACCAAUAUCGCAACUGGAACUAACAAAAUUGAGCCGAUGGACAUUGAUGAUAAAAAACAGGAUAAUAAUAUCACACAGUCCAAGCCAAAAUAUUACAUCGAUACGACGAUACUUCAUGUACCGCGUCCAGGAAUGGAGGUUGUUAGUUACAUGAAGGAGGGUAUGAUUGAAGACUGGGACCAUUUCGAAAAAGUACUAGACUAUACUUACUCGAAAAUAAUUCAAUCUGAUGCUGAAUUCCAUCCGGUGCUAUUUUCAGAGGCACCCUGGAAUAUCCGGAGCAAACGUGAAAAAUUGACUGAAAUAAUGUUUGAAAAGUACAACGUACCGGCGUACUUUCUUGUCAAGAAUGCUGUGCUUGCUGCAUUUGCUAACGGACGUGCUACUGGUAUAGUUGUUGACAGUGGUGCUACACAUACAUCAGCAGUACCAGUCCAAGAUGGUUUUGUAUUGACUCAAGCUAUCGUUAAAUCUCCGCUUGGCGGUGACUAUAUUACAAUGCAGUGUCGACAGCUAUUACAGGACAAUGAUAUUGAUUUAUCCCCUGCCUACAUGAUUGGUAGUAAAGAAGUUGUCAAGGAUCACGAGAAACCCCGUUGGGUGAAGAAAAAAGGUUUACCUGAAGUUACUAAAUCUUGGCAGAAUUACAUGGUUAAAAAAUUAGUUCAAGACUUUCAAGCUAGCUCGCUUCAAAUUUCUGAAACUCCUUAUGAUGAAAAAAUUGUAUCCACUAUUCCUGCUGUUCAGUAUGAGUUUCCCACUGGUUAUCACCAGGACUUUGCUUCGGAACGUUUUAGAAUACCUGAGGCACUUUUUGAUCCAAGCAUGGUACAAAUGCGUGGUGGAAUGGUGGGUAACACGAUGCUUGGUGUUGGCCACAUUGUAACGACGAGUGUUGGAAUGUGUGAUGUUGAUGUCAGACCAGCACUUUAUGGCAGUGUUGUAGUUACUGGUGGUAAUUCAUUUAUACAAGGCUUCCCGGAACGUCUUAACAGAGAUUUGUCGAUGCGAAUACCUUCAAGUAUGAGAUUAAAAUUAAUAAGUGCUAAUGGAUGUGCUGAAAGAAGAUUUGGAGCGUGGAUAGGUGGUUCCAUACUCGCGUCAAUUGGUACCUUCCAACAGAUGUGGAUUUCAAGUCAAGAAUACGAAGAGAGUGGAAAAAGUCAAGUCGAACGAAAGUGUCCGUAA